CUGUUUCGGUUGGUGUGAGCGUCUUAACUCUCGUGGCAAUCUCGUUGGAACGAUACUUCGCCAUCUGUCAUCCGCUCAAAUCUCGCGGCUGGCAGACAAUAUCCCAUUCCUAUAAGAUAAUAUGUGGAAUAUGGGGCGUGUGCCUCAUUAUCGCAUUGCCGAUUGCCAUCACUACCAAGCUUUCGCCUUUACGGAAUGGUAACAACAAAUGCAUGGAAAAUUGGGACAAUUUUAAAAUAUUAGAAAAAGUCUACACGGUUACGUUGGAUCUCUUGUUUCUACUACUUCCGCUAUUGAUUAUGAGUGUCACCUAUGGGAUGAUAAUAAGGACAUUGUAUAUUGGAAUGCAAAUGGAUUUGAGAAGUAACUCUCAAGAGGAGACUGAGUUGAAUAACCAUAAGAACGGAAGGUCACUUGAGGAAAACGAUCUUUCCUCAGAUGAACUAACAAACGUUACCAUGGUGUCGACUAACGACAGUAAAAUUUCCAAGACAAACCUGGGAUCAUCCAAAAAUGGGAGAAAGCAGACAAAUAAACGUAUUCAAAAAUUACGUGCCGUAAGACAAAGCAAUGCCGAGAAGAGCCUAGAGGCAAAGAAAAAAGUAGUCCGGAUGUUGUUUAUAGUUGUAGUUGAAUUCUUUGUUUGCUGGACCCCCCUGUAUGUAGUACAGACCUGGAUUCUGUUCGAUUUGAACAGCGCUUAUAAAUAUGUUGGACCUUUAGGUCUGAGCUGCGUUCAGCUUCUCUCGUAUGUCUCAUCGUGCUGUAAUCCAAUUACGUAUUGCUUCAUGAACAAAACUUUUAGGCGUUCUUUCAUCAACUCUAUAUGCUGUGCCAGCUACAAGCAGCGUUUUCAGGGGAUUAAAAGCGACGUGUCAUACUCCCAAACAGGCGCUCGGACGGGUAGGUUACAGUCUACUCAUCUUUGAGCACGAGAUCUACAGUAGCUAGGCACAGUGUGGAGAGAUCGAAAACAGAGAAGUGCAAAACGUACGCAUAGAUGACACUCUUCGAAGUAGAAGACCUACUGUAGAUAGACACGGGGUAUAGAGAUCGAAAACAGAGAAGUGCAAAACGUACGCAUGGAUGACUCUCUUUGGAGUACAAGAACUACUGUAGAUAGGCAUAGUUGCUGUUCGCCCCAACAAUGAUGGUGAUUAUGAGGUGUUAAAACAUAAACUCGGGG